AUGACUUCAAUCGUCCAAGCGCUCCACGACCGUAUGGCCACAACCCACCACCAGUCGACUACUGCCACCACACACCAGGAUAACACUCAACCCUCCUUCAGAACACUAACCUUCAUGACUUUUCAUUCCAUUCUCUCGCUAGGCAUCAUCGGGAGUAUCGACUCGAUUCAACCUCCAGAGAGGUACAAGAUUGUCGUCCUGGAUGCAAAAACAAACAAAAUCGUCCUCAGCGCCUGCAAGAUGUUUGACAUCAUGGACAGGAAUGUCACCUUGGUGGAGAUGCUGGAGAGCAAACGUCAGGCGUACGCUUCCCUGGAGGCAGUCUACCUGUUGACGCCGUGCAUGGAGUCGGUUCAGCGGCUGAUGGACGACUAUCCAAGUGACAGCCCCACCGGAAAAUACAAGGCCGCUCACGUCCUCUUUACAGCUCCUCUGGAAGACCGUCUGUUCGAACGAUUGACAAAAUCGCCCGUCUCAAAGUACAUCAAAACACUCAGGGAGCUCUUCAUGGACUUUACAGCCAUUGAGUCAAGAGUGUUUUCCUUGGAGUCUCCUUCAAGUUUCUACACGCUCUACUCGCCCGCAAAGAAAAUGGAGCUUUCUGCAGAAAUGGACUCUAUCGCCAAACAGCUGGUGUCGGUGAUUGCGACGUUGGGCGAUUUCCCUUCGAUCCGAUACUUUCGACCGCCAGAAACCGAGGACGGGAAGCGGACACAGUCCAUGAGACUCGCAGGGUUGCUGCAGAGUGAACUGGAGGCCUAUAUCCGAUCGAACCAAGACAUGGCUGGAAGGCAACAGGGACAAGGGACGAUAUUGAUUCUGGACAGAUCGAUCGAUAUCACGGCGGCAAUCGUGCACGAGUUCACAUACCAGGCCAUGGCGAACGACCUGCUACCGAUCGAGGACGGAACAAAAUUCACCUACGACAUCGAGAACGGCGACGGGACAACCGAGGCGGUUUCGGUGGUGAUUGACGAGUCGGACCAAGUUUUCACUGAUAUCCGCCACGCUCAUAUCGUCGAAACCGCCAGCACGCUGACCUCGAAAUUCAACCAAUUCGUCGCCGAGAACGAGGCGCUGAGGGGCGACUCGGAUAAAGUGGCCUCGCUCAGGAACAUGAAGGACCAGCUCGCCAACCUACCGCAGUUCCAGGACAUGAAGGCCAAAUACUCAACCCAUAUCCAUAUCGCCAAGGAGUGUAUGAGGAUCUUUGAAGAGUCCAAAAUCAAUGAGCUGGGCUUGGUUGAGCAGCAGUUGGCGACUGGAGAGACGGUGGAGGGACAUUUGCCGAAGCAAGUGUUGGCAGAGAUGGUGCCUUUCUUGGAUGAUCCCGAUGUUUCAGGGAUGGACAAGGCGAGGUUGUUGAUGUUGUAUAUGAUCUGUCGUGGGGGGCUGCGGAAUGAGGAUCAGGAGCAGCUUUUGGGUCUUGCCAGGAUGUCGAAUGAUAAUGUUGAGGCCAUCCGUAACCUCGGUCUCCUUGGCGUCAACACCGAGCGAGGUGGAUCGGCACCGAGGUCAAAGAAGAAACCCUUCUAUCCGCGGAAAAAACCCGAGGACGAAGACCAACCCUUCGACCUCUCCCGGUACAUCACAAAGGCCAAGAAAAUCGUCGAGGAGCACAUCAGCGGUACCCUUGACCCAAUCCUCUACCCAUACACCACCGAGGCACCCACUCUCGACUCGCAAGACUCUACACGAUCCCUCCGCAAGACGGCUCAACCGGCCUGGGAGAAGAAACGACCCAACGUCAAGGGAUCGAGGUUGAUGGUUUUCAUUGCGGGAGGGGUCACUUACUCAGAGAUCCGGGCCAUGUAUGAGUUGUGCCAUUCGAUGGGCAGGGAUAUUGUCAUUGGGUCGACUCAUAUUAUUACGCCGAGGCAAUUUAUUUUCAGUUUGAAGGAUUUGGCGAGGGGGCCUUUGAGACCCAUUGCGCCGGUGAUCCCGCCCUAUUCCGCACCAGUCCAUGCACAACAGCAGCAGCAGCAGCGACCAGGACCGGGAGGCUCUCGAACAGUUGGACCAGGACCAGGACCAGGCAAUAACACAAUGCCACCACAAGGCCGAGGUCCGCCACCACAACAAGGAAGCGGUCGCCCAAUGGCUCCUGGAAGCGGCGGCGCUCCAGGACCAGGUGGAAUGCGGACGAUCCAGAAAGAUGCCUCGGGACGGUUUGUGGCACCACCUUCCCCUCAUGGCCCUCCUCGCUCUCCGGCCCUUCCUCAGCAUCCUCCUCAGCACCAUGCACCACCUCCCCCUGAAGAGAAGAAGAAGAACAAGAUGUUUGGUUUUAUUUAA